GAUUACCUGUUUAGGGGGCUGGACUCGUCACCUGUCUGGCGUCUAGAAUCUCGCGGCGUCCUUCUCAUCACUGUGCAGGGGAUCGCCGGAACCUACCACCUAUAGUCUCUCUGUCCGCUUGCUUGCUUAUGCGUAUGUAUUCGGUCCUGUAACCUCUUGAAUGCCGCCCCGGGGAGCCCAGGCUUUGAAUCACACCCACCUAGUCGUGUCGUAUUACGGAAGACACCUCCAGACCGAUGCAGCUCGGGAACCAAAACGGGCCCAGCCGAGGAAUGGCGCCAAGAGAGUCGCCUCGAUAUUGGUGGCCUGCGGUAAGGCCUGGCGAGGUAUUUCACCCUCUAUAAGCUUGGGUAGGUAGGUAUAAGCCAAGGCGAUAGCCAGCCGCUGAGAGCUAUGGAAGGCCAUGCCCAGUCUACUCCGUAAUCCCCUCCUACGAGACUCGAUACACCCUUGGGCCCGUUUCUUCAGAUAUAAUUACCCAUCAAAUUUGGACGAGGAGAAAGGAGAGCAUUUGUCGAUAGCUGGGUAACACAGUCCAUCCGGUCGACAACAUGAGUAGAGAUCGGCAAGAAGAAAAGGGGCUUGUCAACGGCGAUGCCACCGAGGGCGAGGUCCCGCGAGACACUCUCUCGCAGCAGUACGGCGGUGGCCACGCAGGGGGUUGGGUCAACCUGCUCCCGGCAUCGUGGGUCCCGUACGUGCAGCUAGCGCGCCUGAGCCCGCCGGCAGCGCUCUUCUUGAUCUACUUCCCGCACGCUUUUGGCGCGCUACACGCAGCGCGGGCGCACUCACUGCCGGCGGCCGCAACCGUGCGGGCCUGCGCCCAGCUGCUCGGCGGCAGCUUCUUCUUCUCGAACGCGGCGCACGCGUGGAACGAUCUCAUCGACGCCCCGAUCGAUCGCCAAGUAGCACGCACAAGGGGGCGGCCGAUCGCGCGGGGCGAUGUCUCGCCACGGGCAGCCUUCGCCUUUGCCGCCUCCCAGGCCGUCGGCGCCGCCGCCUUCCUACUCGUGCUACCACCGGCGGCAGCGGUCGCAGCGGUCCCUACGAUCGUCGGCACCACGUACUACCCCUGGGCCAAGCGCCACAUCCACUUCCCGCAGCUCGUGCUCGGCUUCUGCCUCGCGUGGGGCGUCGUCGUCGGCGCCGCGGCCGCGGCCGCGGAGCGCCCCUGGGCCGACGUCGCCGCGCUGUGCCUCGUCGCCGCGUGCAUCCUCUGGACGACGAUAUACGACACCAUCUACGCGUACCAGGACGUGGCGGACGACGUCAAGAUCGGGGUUAAGAGCACGGCGGUGCUUUUCGGUGCCCACGUGAAAUACUUCCUGUGGUUCCCGCUCCUCCUCCUCGGCAUCUGCCUCGUGCUGUACGGGCAGCUGGUCCAGGCAGGGGCCUUGUACUACGUGGUCACCGUGGGCGGCAGCGUAUCGUCGCUCGGGGCCAUGAUUGCCAACGUGAAGCUGAAAGACGACGCGAGUUGCUGGUGGUGGUUCUCAUGCGGAUUCUGGUUCACAGGGAUCUCUAUCACUGUCGGGUUGCUGGCCGGGUAUCUCGGUUUGUAGGAGAGGAUGAUCGACAUUUUCUCUGGUUCCGUUAGCUCCACUCUCAGUGCUACUCGAAGAUAGGAUCGAUCUGCAUACAUGACACAGGUACAUGCUAUAUAGUACGCAUCGCAUAGGAAAAGAAGGGGAAGAGAAGACACACUACCUGACGCAAGGAGGCGAGAGGUGUGAUUCCAUUUCGGCCAA